AUGUCCACAACCGACAUUGCCCUCGGCGCCUUGACACCCCCGAUCCGUCCGAAAGGAUGUCGUCGCUUGGGACUCCCGCCAGGUCAGAGCAAUCUAGACGAUGAAUUCGAUCCGAAGUAUAGCGAGGGCUUCCCUAGUGACCAGAAGGAUCAGGGUCUCCCAUCAUGGCGCGUCAAAGCCCUGUUUACUUAUCCCCUUAAGUCUUGUGGCGCAGUCGAGCUGCAACUUUCGAAUGUCGUACCUACGGGACUCGAAUUCGACAGGCAAUUCGUCUUUGCAGAGUACAGCAAAGAAGAAUGGAACAUUCGAACUUUGCGCAAUGCAGGAUUUAACCGUCUCGCCCUGAUCCAUCCUGAGAUCUGGGUUCCUGACCCGUCCGCCUCGGACUAUGACACAAACCUGCCAGAAGUCAAGUCAGACGGCGUGAUGCUGAUAUCGUAUCCUCGCUUGACACCAGCCGGAUGGAAGGGUCUUCCCAUGAAGAUUAGCAUGGCACUCAAGAUCUGUGCCAGCCGCCACACAUUCCAAGUUCCAUUGCAUGCACCACAGGACUCCAGCUUCCCACUUGUCCCAGUCAGAAUCUGGAAAGACAAUCCCCUAGCACACGAUUUUGGAGGUCUACUCCCAGCAUCAUUACACGCAUACAUGGGCUUCGACCACAAAUCCAGUCCAUUAACACUCUUCCGCGCAAGCGCACCACACACCCGCCAAAUCUUCCGCAACGCACCUCGCAAAGAAAACCUAGGUUUCCAACCCAACACAGCCUUCGCAGACGCCUACCCGAUUCACCUCUUGAGUAUCUCAAGCCACAGAGACGUAGCAGCACGCUGCGCCUACGCAAUCCCACGGCUAAGCAUCCGCCGCUUCCGCGCAAACAUCAUCAUCCAAGGACCCGCUGCAUUUGCAGAAGACCACUGGAAGCGACUUGCCAUUGGUGGGACGGAGAUCCAUGCUUCAUGUCGGACUGUACGGUGUCGGUUGCCGAAUGUUGAUCCAGAGUCUGGAGAUCGACAUAAGGCCGAGCCGGAUCGAACGUUAAAGGCGUAUAGGCGGAUUGAUGAUGGGGAUCGGACUAAUGCUUGUCUUGGGAUGCAGCUUGUUCCUACUAAAGAGGCUUUUAUGCUUCAUGUUGGGGAUGAGGUUCGGGUUCUUGAGACUGGGGAACAUCGGUAUAUUAAGAUGUUGGCGCCUGAUCCUAAACAAUCUUCUAAAAAGUCUUCAGUUAAGACUGAUUCAUCUUCUGUUGCAUCUGUGGCUGUACAGCCUUCUGAGGAACCUACUCCAGCACUUGUGCCUGUGCUCAUCCAAUCUUCAGAUGAUUCUGCUGCGCAGCCUUCUGAAGAACCUCCUGGAUCUUCUGAGAUACCUUCUGCAAAACCCGAGACAUCUAUUCCGAAGACUUGUAUUCAAGAUGAAUUAUCUGUUUCGGAGCCUGUCUCUGUGCCUACUUCCACCCAAGCCUCUUCGGAUGUCCCGCAACAGUCAAACCGUCCUGAGGACGCCCCCAGAAGCCUGAACAACGAGCCCGAUCUAUGGCUUCGAGCGUACAAGGUGUUACAGGAGCAACAACCCGAGCUAAUGAAAGCCUACAAUACACAUCUGGCAUCCUUGCAACAUGAUCAAGAACAUGGAAGCGGUAUUCCGAAUGAGAGUUCGGUGAAGUCAGUCGUGAAUCAGCUACUGGAUAAUCGGGAGAAAAAGCAAUACCGAGUGCCACUACUAAAGAAAGAUGUGAAAAUCCGAGAUCAAGUCGAGAAAGUGGCAAGGUUCGUCCUCUGGUUUGACCCAAUUGUCAAGAACGCGGUCAGUACUCAGCCAUACGCAGCACUGGCAUGGUCUGGUGCUUCUUUGCUUCUUCCGCUCCUCACAAGUGGUUCCACAGAGAACGAGGCCAUGUUGAAAGGGUUCAAUUCGCUAAGUGAUGUCCAACUGUACUGGCAGAUCUGCGAAGAGAAUUAUCUCAAAAAGAAAGGUCUCGAAAAACAAAAGUAUGAAAAGAAAGAUCUCAAUUACGAACAGCUGCUCGAGUGCUUGGUCAAGCUCUAUACGCUCAUCUUCGAAUAUCAGGCGCUUGUCAUAUGCCAUCUCUCCAAGAAGCAGCGCUCGCGCGCUUGGGACGACAUGACCAAGUCGACCGAUUGGGUUGCGAAAAUUACAGAGAUUACCAAGUUGAGCGGUGACUACAGCAAGCUCAUCGAUCGUUAUGAAGCAACGAAGAUCAGUGAAAUUCGGGAUUCCAAGCUGGAACAGCUGAAUUAUUCCCGGCGUAUCCUCGAAGACCUCCGGAAUCUUGUUGAGGCUACCAGCAAGCAAAGCCAGGCGAACAACCAAGACCGAUAUGAGCGAGCCCUUCUCCAAGAUUUUGCGCCUCGCGAUGGAGGCUGGGAAGACCAUAAAAAUAUCAAUCCAACAAGGGUCAAGGAUACAUGCGAGUGGUUUUUCAAGGACGAAAGAUUCCGCAAAUGGCGCAACACCAACACCUCCAGUAUCCUCUGGGUAUCUGCCAGUCCUGGUUGCGGCAAAUCGGUCUUGUCGCGGGCUCUGAUUGAUGAACAACACCUCUAUAGGAGUGUGGCAACCACCGUUUGUUAUUUCUUUUUCAAGGAUGGAGCUGAAAAUCGCAUGCACGCCGCUGAUGCAUUGUCUGCAAUUCUUCACCAACUGUUCGAGCAUGACACCGAAAAUCAUUUGAUCAAGUUUGCGCUUCCCAGUCAUAGGGCACACGGUCAGAAAUUGUCCACAAACUUCUCUGAGCUAUGGCAAAUUCUCCUGAAAUGCGUGGAGUCGCCAAACACUGGCGAGAUCGUUGUUCUCCUCGACGCCCUAGACGAAUGUAAGAGUGAAAGUUGGAAGUCGUUGCUGGAGAAACUCGUCGAGUACUAUUCCCAGCGCCCAUCUGACCAACCCUCGAAGCUCAAAUUCCUCAUCACCAGUCGCCCAUACGAUGACAUAGAGCUACAAUUCAGAGAGUUUAAUAAGGCUUCCACUUAUUUUGCGUUUGAUGCAGAUGAAAAUUCUGGUGAAAUCGGCAAGGACAUCGAUAAAGUCAUUGAUGCAAAGAUGGAAAACGAUACAAUUUUUGAGGAAAAAGACCGUCUGUUGAUUGCCAAAAAAUUGAAGACCAUGGAACAACGCACAUACCUCUGGCUGCACCUCACUUUCAACAUAAUCCAAGAAAGUCCCAGUUCAUUUGAACAAUGGCCUGAUUUGGAAGAACUCCUUUCCAGUCUGCCUCAAAAGGUAUCAGACGCAUACGAAAAGAUCCUCAGCCGAAGCAAGGAUAAAAAACAGACAGCUGCUCUCCUCCAGAUCAUGUUGGCUGCGACGCGUCCUCUGACCCUUGACGAGGCGAACAGAGCACUCACGCUCGCUGUGAAACUGAAAACCUGCGAUUCGUACACUACACUAGUGUCACGCGGUUGGCGUGAAGAAACGUUCGAGCAGAAGGUGAAAAACCUAUGUGGCCUCUUCAUCAGUGUGUAUGACUCAAAGCUGUUCUUCAUUCAUCAAACAGCGAGGGAGUUCCUCAUCCAUCGUCCACAGCUAGGACAAUGGGGGGGACAAUUGGAAAUGUCACAAUCGCACGCCCAGAUGGCUAAUGUCUGUCUGCGAUAUCUCUCCUGUCUAGGCAAGAGCGAGUUAGAGUUAAUCAAUGAGGUGUACCAAGAGCUUUUUGAGGAAGAUGAGGAGCCUGCAGUGAGUUUUCAAGAAAUAAUUGAAAUGGAGAUUGACAGAAAGCUUGCUCUCUCGCGGUAUUCUGCACAGCACUGGGUGUACCAUGCAAGUCAUUCUAAAGAUGAGGAAAGCAUACAGGACAGUCUCUCGCAAUUUCUACUCCCGCAGGGGCUAUCUUAUGUGAUCUGGGGCAAAAUUCAUAAUCCUGAUCGAUGUGAUCAGGCAAGCCCCUUGUACCAUGCAUCCUCCGCUGGUCUACAGAAUACAGCUCGGCUGUUGUUGGAGCAAGGAGCCAAUCCCAAUGCAAUAGAACACCCACUUGGCAGUUCAAUUCACGUUGCUUCUAAAAAUGGCCACAUUGGGAUUGUGCAACUUCUGAUAGGGAGCGGGGCCGACGUUAAUGCAGUGGCGCCGCGCUAUGGCAUUCAUGGCACUGCCCUUGAAGCUGCUUCAGCUGAAGGCCACAUUGAUAUUGUGCAGCUGCUAAUGGCGAAAGGGGCCGGUUUUGAUGCAGAAGACCGUUACAGACGGUCUGCUUUUCGAGCCGCUUCAGCUGCAGGCCACAUCGAUAUUGUGCAGUUGCUUAUAGCGAAAGGAGCCGAUGUUAAUGCAGACGACUUUUUCCACCGGUCUGCUCUUCAGGCUGCUUCAGCUGAAGGCCACAUCGAUAUUGUGCAGUUGCUUAUAGCGAAAGGAGCCGAUGUUAAUGCAGACAACACUUUCCACCGGUCUGCUCUUCAGGAUGCUUCAGCUGAAGGCCACAUCGAUAUUGUGCAGUUACUUAUAGCGAAAGGAGCCGAUGUUAAUGCAGGUGACGUUUUCCAUCGGUCUGCCCUUCGAGCUGCUUCGGCUGAAGGCCACAUCGAUAUUAUGCAGCUGCUAAUAGCGAAAGGAGCCGAUGUUAAUGCAGAAGACGUUUUCCAUCGGUCUGUCCUUCAAGCUGCUUCGGCUAAAGGCCACGUCGAUAUUAUGCAGCUGCUCCUAGAGAACGGGGCAUAUGUCAAUUCCGCUUAUAACAAAUAUGAGGGCUACAAUGCUCUUAUAGCUGCUUCUGAACGGGGUUACAAGGACAUCGUUCAGCUGCUAUUGGAUAAUGGCGCGAAUUCCAAUGCAAAUGACGGUUGCGAUAAUGCUCUCAUGCGUGCAGCCGAGCGAGGUCAUAUGGAAAGCGUGCAGCUGUUAUUUGAUUAUGGUGCCAAUUUCGACCUUCCCAACGAUCUCCCUGGGCAAGACUUAAGUUCCCAUUAUUUUGGUAGCGGCUAUAUCAAUGCCCUCGAUGCCGCUUCUCGUUCUGGCCAUGAAGAAAUUGUGCAGCUGUUGUUGGAGAGAGGUGCGACUUGGCCAGAGAAUAAAUCAUUGCGGCCUGGUUCCAGUGCAGAUAAUGCCAGUGCAGAUAAUGCCAGUGCAGAUAAUGCCAGUGCAGAUAAUGCCAGUGCAGAUGACACCGGUGAAGAUGAUUCCAGUGUACAUGAUAGCGGACACCCAUAG